AUGGAAGGGGACCACCAGGACCCCGUCAUGUGUGAGGGAGCUCACGCUCCACUGGCGAGACACGAUUCUCACCGAGUCGUGGGGGUGACGUCACCACAGCUCGACACAGGACCUCUCUCUGUCAGAGCGGACAGGUGGCGCGCAUGCGCAGUUCACCCAUGGAUUCUAUCCACUGUAUCUCACGGAUACAGACUUCAAUUUGCCAUGAAACCACCCAGGUUCAACGGUGUGUUAGUUUCAGUGGCCAAGGGGGACGCUGCACGGGUUUUGGAAGACGAAAUAACGUCUUUACUGAGCAAACGAGCUAUCAGAGCUGUCACGGCCGAGGAGGGUUUCUACUCCCGGUACUUCCUCAUUCCCAAGAAGGCAAGCACAGCCCUUCGCCCCAUCCUAGAUCUCCGUGUGCUAAACAAACACCUACGGAAAUACACAUUCAGGAUGUUGACACACAAAGUGCUCUGUCGCUCUAUCCGUCAGAGAGAUGGGUUUGUAACGAUCGAUCUCUCGGACGCGUAUUUUCACAUCGCCAUUCACCCUGCACACAGAAAAUAUCUCAGGUUUGCUUUCCAAGGCAAAACCUACGAGUAUCAAACUGUCCCAUUCGGGCUGUCGUUAGCUCCGAGGGUAUUCAGCAAGUGUGUGGAGGGGGCUCUGUCUCCAUUACGGAGCAAAGGCAUCAGAAUUUUUUCGUACAUAGACGAUUAUCUGAUAUGCGCUGGCUCGCACGAGCAGGAGGUCAUGGAUUCUGCUGUGGUGAUAAAUCAUCUCAGGGAUCUUGGGUUAAGUAUAAACUGGACGAAAAGUCAGAUAGAGCCCGUACAGUGUGCGGAGUAUCUGGGUCUGAAAAUAAACUCCCUGUCAUAUCGCGUCACGCUAUCAGACGGGAGAAUAAAAUCUCUCACACAGUGUCUCUCCCUCUUUCAGAUGGGGAGAGUCGUGUCGUUUCGACUAUGCCUACGUCUGCUCGGCCUGAUGGCAUCAGUGAUAGCUGUAGUGCAUUUAGGUCUGUUGAUGAUGAGAGAUUUUCAGCGGUGGGUUGCAGCUUUGCGCCUGUGCCCGCGCCGUCACCUCAACCGCAGAGUGAAAGUGACUCAGACCUGUGUGAAGUCUCUCCGUCAGUGGAGGAACGCAGGGGCGUUCACCACGGGGGUCCCGCUGGGGACGGUGACGUCCAGGGUUACCAUGACAACGGACGCUUCCCUGUCAGGGUGGGGAGCAACGAUGUCAGGCAGAGCGGUGAAUGGCUCCUGGGGUCCAGAAAUGGCCCAGAUUCACAUAAAUGUUUUGGAGCUCUGGGCAGUGUUUCUAGCGCUGAAACAUUUCCUGCAAUUUCUCCGAGGCCGUCAUGUUCUGGUGAAAACAGACAACUCCACUGUGGUAGCCUAUGUCAACCGUCAGGGAGGCACUCGCUCACUACGGUUACACAAGUUGGCUCGGGAGAUGAUACUGUGGAGCAGCACCAGGCUCCUCUCACUCAGGGCAACACAUGUGCCGGGAGUUCUGAACAGAGGGGCGGACUUGAUGUCUCGUGGGAAUCCUCUGUACGGGGAAUGGUCUCUGCACCCGCAGGUUGUGGACCAGAUUUGGAAGAGAUACGGCCGAGCCGCCGUAGAUCGACUGCCUCCGCAGGUUAUAGACACCAUUCAGAGUGCAAGGGCUUCCUCCACCCGUGCUUUGUACGGCUGUAAAUGGCGGGUUUUCGAGGAAUGGUGUGAGUCUAGACUCACAGUCCCUUUUCAGUGUUCAGUUGUGGACCUGUUGUGUUUUCUACAGGAGCUGGUGGAUAAAGGAAGAGCUUUUUCCACAGUAAAAGUGUACCUCGCUGCCAUCUCAGCAUGUCACGUGGGUUUUGGUGAUAAACCGGUGGGACAGCACCCCCUGGUUUGUCGCUUUAUGAAAGGUGCACGUCGAAAGCUCCCAGUUUCUAGGCACCUGGUUCCGGUUCUGGUGGUGCUGGAUGCCCUUUCUCAGCAUCCCUUUGAGCCUUUGGAGGCUGUGGGGAUGAAGUUUGUGUUUCUGAAAACGGUUCUGCUUUUGGCUUUGUCUACGGCGAAGCGCGUGAGCGACCUUCAGGCGUUGUCUAUCCGCCCUUCCUGUCUACAGUUCGGUCCGGGACUCUCCAAGGUUUGCUUGCGGCCCAAUCCGGCUUUUGUGCCUAAGGUGGUGGAGUCGGCUUACAGGUGUCCCACAGUAGAGUUGCUGGCUUUUCACCCGCCUCCAUUCUCCUCGACGGAGGAGCAGAGGCUUAACACUUUGUGUCCGGUGAGGGCUCUGCAGUCCUACGUGAGUAGGACGGCAGAUUUCAGGCGUACUGACCAGCUGUUUGUUUCCUGGUCCACUACCCAUAAGGGCAAGCCAUUGUCCCGCCAGAGGCUGUCUCACUGGAUUGUGGAGGCCAUUUCUGUGGCGUACAGUUGCAAAGGUUUGCUGCCGCCCCAGGGUUUGCAUGCUCAUUCCACCAGGAGUAUAGCUGCUUCCUGGGCUCUGUUUAGAGGGGUGUCUGUUCAGGAUAUUUGUGCUGCGGCGAGCUGGGCUACGCCUCACACCUUUGUCAAGUUUUACAGGCUAGAUGUCUCUGGUCCUUCUUUGGCCCAAGUGGUGCUCGGUGCCGGUGCUCCGGGGUUGGAGUGAUGUUGUCACUCAACCUUUUGUGGUAGUUAGGCUUCGGGAGUCAUAUGCAAUCCGGGAGUGGUCUAUAUCUCCCAUAGUGAAACACCGAACGAAG